UAAAGAUCAUCCAUAAAAACCAGAGACCAGAUCACUUAAAAUCACUAAUCUGGGGAACUCUUUCUGUGGAGGUCCUCAGCCGAUCCCUGCAGGAAUGGCCCCGGGGCUCAGUGCUUCUCCACCAGUUGUGCUUCUGCUCCUGUCCCUGCUGGGUCUGGCUGCUGCUGGGAAGCUCCUGGUGGUGCCGGUGGACGGGAGCCACUGGCUCAGCAUGCGGGAAUUGCUGGACAUGCUCCAGCAGAAGGGACACGAGGUGGUCGUGGUGGCACCUGAAGUCUCCCUACACAUCAAACCAUCCAAGACCUUUGCGAUGAAAAUGUACCCGGUUCCCUUCACUCAGGAAGAGCUGGAUUCAGUUUUCAAAGGGUCAAUAAUGGAUUUAUUUAAAGAAGGAUCCUUUCUGGACAGAGUUAUUAGACAGUACCAACAGGCAAAGAAGACCUCUGCUCUGUUCCUGGCCACCUGCUCACACUUAAUUCACAACAAGGAGCUCAUCAGGUACCUUGAGGAGAGCAAGUUCGAUGCCAUCCUCACAGACCCUAUCCUCCCCUGUGGGGCAAUACUGGCCGAGUAUCUUUCCCUACCUUCUGUGUAUUUCCUGAAGCAAGUUCCAUGUGGUUUGGAGUAUCAAGCCACCCAGUGCCCCAAUCCCCCUUCCUAUGUUCCCAGAGUAUUUACAGACCUUACAGACCACAUGACCUUUCUCCAGCGGGUGAAGAACAUGCUCUAUGACAUCCCAAACUUUUUCAUCUGCGAUGUCGUCUUCCAACCUUAUGCAGAACUGGCUUCGGAGUUGCUGAAGCGGGAGGUGACCGUGCCGGAUCUCCUGCGCCAGGCUUCCAUUUGGCUCAUGAAGCUGGACUUUGUCUUGCACUUCCCCAAACCCUUGAUGCCCAACAUGGUUUUGAUAAGUGGAGUAAAUUGUGCUUACAAGAAGCUAAGUCAGGUGGGUCCCGCUCUGUUUUCUCUUGCUGUUCCUGCAGGCUUUGGAAAUCUCGGGGAAGCUGAAACUCAGCUUUCAUUAGAAAGGAGGAUUUCAAACCAGUCCUGCUUUGCAGGGAGGUGCUGGUUCUGGUAUCUGGGAAGGGCUAUCAGAGUAGAAAGGUGGAGAAAGUGUUGAAUAUGGAAUUAGCUCGGGUAGAAUCCCCAUUGGCUCUGUGCCCCGUGCUCCAAGGCAGCUUUGGAUUGGAAUGGGCUCCUCAGAGCCUCUUCCAUCAAGGCUGUUGAUGUGAUGCAAUACACCCUUUAAAUUGAGGACGUGUUAAUUUAUCCUCUGGUCCAAUCUGGCUGAUUUCCUCUACAAUUCCAUCUCCUUUUGUUCCUUUAUGAAGGAUUUUCAAUGCUCUGAAUUGUCACAGGCACAUCAGACAUUGUCACCUGGAAGGACAUUUGAGGUCUCUGAGAACCUCCUGUCCAAGCAUGGCCAGUGAGGUCAGGACGUCAUUUUCUCUCUCUUGUCCAGUUUUAAGGGUCCCUACAAGUUCUAAUAAUUGGUACCUUUGUGUAACUUGGUACUCUCGUAGUGAGUGCUGAACCCAUCUGUGUGUGGCUGCUAAGGGCUUGCAGUCAGGUGUAAUCCCUAAUUAGCAAAUUGUUGUAGUUGGGUCUGGUGUUUUCUGAGAAAUGCACCUCAGGCUUGUGUCCUUGUUGCCUGUCUACUUCUUUCUUUGCUGGUGAAUUUUUGUGCUUCUUCACCCAGGUGUUUCCAAAGUUGGAAUCUGGAGCAAGGUGGCAGGCCGGGGGGGUCUCAGGCUGAGAAGCAGCCCCUCUGUUUGCUGGCAGAUCUAGCAAAACUUUGCCUUGGUGAUGACGGCUGAGUGAGGCGCAACAGCAAAUUCCAGAGGGCUCAGGGGGCUGCAGUGGUUUGUCAGGUGGCAUCCAAAUGUGACAAAAGUGCCAAAGGUUU